UAAACAAAAAGUAGAAAUCGGCAUAAAAUAUUUAAAAAUUCUUCCAUAGAAAAAUUGUUUACGUUAAAUAAGUAAUGCCUUUAUUGAAAGUAUACAAUCCCGCCACUGUCGUUAAGCACCUCAAUGGUCUAAUUAAUGUUUAUAAACCCAAAAACAUGAAAUUGAAUCAAGUGAAAGCAGCAAUACUUUACAAUAUAUGCCGAGAUUUGAAUGAAAUGUACUCAAACCAAAUAGAAGCAUCCAAGAAUCCCUUACUUGAACCGGGAGGAGGAGCUAAUCCUAUACUCCGUAAAAUACAUUCUUUAAAUUUAGCAGACGAUAUAUUGUCUAAAGGACCGGCUUAUCAAAUGGACGAUAUUUCUUGUGCACCUGCCUUAAGUCUUGGACCCCAUACAAGUGGGGUUUUGAUACUUGGGUUAAACAGAGGCAUAAGACUAUACAAGACUGCGCAAAAGAAACCUCCAAUACGGGCUUAUCACGUUACUGUUGAAAUGGGUGUUGCCACCGAAAACCAUUUUAGUGAUUCACGCAAAACCGUUCGAGCUAACUAUACGCAUGUUCGGGCAGAUCGCAUCAGUGGUCUGGCUUCAUCGUUGCAGGCUUCACAUCAACGUAAAAUGUAUGAAUUGUGCGGUGUUGAUUUGCAGUCUCAGGCAGCCUACGAACUGGCUUGUAAAGGGCUAAUACGUCCUGUUGACAAUUCACUGCCGGUUGUCUACGGCAUUAAACUAAUUGGAUUCCAACCGCCUUAUUUCACUCUCGAAAUACAUGCAAUUAACGAAACCGAAGAUUAUUUGGCGGCGCUAGUGAAUGAUAUGGCAAUCGAAUUAAAAACCGUUGGACAUUGUUCAGCGAUACGAUGUGUACGGCACGGUCCCUAUGUAGUUGAAAAGUCGUUAUUAAGACAUGGCUGGAAUCUGGCAGGAGUAGUUAGGAAUAUGCGUGAACAAAAAGCAAUAAAUUGAAUCAAAUUGAGAAGAAUUAUAAAA